AUGCCUUCUACGAUAGACUCAUUGUCUGCUCGUGAAGUAGCUGACAUUCAUUACAUUUACGGGUUUUGUGAUGGCAACGCUCGCGCCGCCUCUCGAGAGUAUCAUCAGCGAUUCCCGACAAGACCUGCCGUUGACUACAGGGUUUUCUUAGCAGUACAUCGAGAAUUAAGUGAAAAUGGACUGCAUCGCCCACAUCGUGAACGUGCUUCUACUGUACCGGUGGAUGUGGAUGAACAAGUGUUGCGUUUGGUGUACCAAGACCCCACAAUUAGUACUCGACGAAUAGCACUCCAAUUGGGGAUUAAUCACGUCCAAAUUGUGUACAGUACUCCAAUUAGUACAAGAGAAGAAUUGUUACAAAAAGUAAUGGCUGCGGCUAGUCAAAUAAAAGAAAAUCGUACUGUAUUAAAAAAAACAGUACGCAGUGUGGCAUUACGUUCAACUGUAUGUAUGGAUGAAAAUGGUGGUCAUUUUGAAAAUUUAAUAAAUUAA